UACCAUGUCAGACCAUGAUGAUACCUUGUUGGACGAGGAUCUAGGUGAUGAAGAGUAUGACUUAGGCAAUGAUGAAGAAGAAGCACUUUUGGCUGACGAUUAUGAACUUGAGAGGAUACCAUGAUGACUUGUACGAGUGUUAUCCAACUACCACGAGCAGAAUUGAGGAUCUUUGUAAAGAAAAAGAAAAGAAAAACAAAUUUAGGUGGAUUUCAUUCCUUGCAUAUUUAUGCAUAAAAUCCUGCUUAUUAAAGAUAAUAUUGAGAUUUGGAAAUCAAUCGAUGCAUUUAAGAGCAAAUUAUGCGAUUAUGUACUUAAUUCUGAAUGUAACGAUAUAUUGUUAGGCAUUCAGGAAUGACAUACUACCUGAUUUUUAGGCACAGAAACAUUAUUUUAAUACAGGACAUAUGUAGUGUGCAUGUUUUUCAUAAUGACAAGACAAGCUGAUUAGGAUAUCACGACCAAUGAUUUGUAACAUAGGGAAAUUUACGAUUAUACAAAUUUCAUGCCAAACCUCAUGAAACUGUUUAUCAUUCAUUCAUUCAUUUAGGUGGAUCAUUUAGGUGGUCAUUCAUUCAUUCCUUCAUUCAUUCUUGUUUUCUAAUCAUAUUUUAAGUGCAUUAUACAAUAUGAAGGAAUUCAACAUAUUUAAGUCACUGUUAUGUAGAAAGAAGAUAUAUAAAUAACAUUGAAAUGCAUGAAGUUUAUUGGAAGUCAAAAGUAUAAGUUCAAUGAAUAUAAACAAAAUUUCAUAACAAAUGUAUUGCGAAAUCACAGUGACUUACUGUUACUGAUCAAGCAAACUUAAUACAGGGGAAAGGAAAUAAGGGUUUCACCUCGUAUACAUUUAUAUGAGUUUAAUUGCUUUUGUAUUAAUUUUGAAAGCUCUAAUGAAUUGAUAACUAUAUCUAUUUUUAAAAUAUAACUAAUGUAUUUGAUUUCAAUUAAUUAAGUGUCAAAUUAUAUACAUAUUACAGAGGUUCAUAAAUAUAUUUUACAGCUAGUUUGCUGAAUCUCUCUUCUUUCUGUAACAUUCUACAAUGAAAUCAAACUUUAAAAAAUGCAUUAUCAUAUUACACCCGAUAGGGACAACAGCACUAGUAAACCCUUAGCAAUUUCUUUUCCCCUGUUUCACUUGAUUAUAUUGUAAGUUAUUAUAAAGAGUCUAUUCGCGGACGGAACCUGAUGCUCUUACAAAAAGCAUAUUCCUAGCAUCCAAACAGGUUGCUUGAAAGCUGCGUGUUUGUAAAGUUUCCGAAUGUAAUUUAACAUUACAAUUGCGUCCAAUGAAUAAGAUCGAUGAAAGAUGUCCUAUUGUACAGUUAUCAUCUAUGCGAUGUAACCUCUCUAAGAUAUCUUUAAUCAUCUUAUAUUAUGAUCUGACUCCGUACUGCAUGAACUUUCGAAUCCUCAUUCGCUGUAUUUAUUGGCUCAAUGUAAGAAACAGACGGAUUAGUUUAUGUUCUGUGCUUUUCUCUAUUAGUAGCGAUACAUAAUUGACAUCAUUAAAUUAAUAGUGCUGACACGCCAUAAGAAAUGAACUCUGAAAACAAGAAACAUUUUCUUUGUACUCUACUGUUUCCACUUUAACUAAAAUUCUAAUAAUGGUAUCUAUUUAUUUGCUCUUAUAUUAAAACUGAUAAGUUUAUAUAACAUGAAUUUAAACAUUUAAAUAUACAUGAUACUGACCUCGUUCUAUAAUAUUAAUGAUUGACUGAUUCUUACAUGGAACUGUUAAGUGUCUUCGUUAAGUUAAUGAACCUAUGCUUUUAUUAUGCGUGAUUAUAUAAUAUUCAUAUUGUACAUAGAAACUCGAGAGCACUGUCAGUUUAAAAAACUCGAGCCUUGCUUCAAUGUGAGUCGAAAAUGAAUGAAACUCUGACAAAAUCUAUUCGCCACAGAUUAAUGCCACCUUUGAUUUAUCAAUGCCGUUCAUAAAUUAUUUUUUAACAUUCUAAUUUAUCAGGUGCUAACAUACAGUAUUUCAGUUACUAGGAAAAAUGUUUAUUACUCCCAUAUAUCACAAUGUUUUCGAUAAAAACAUAAUUGUUGACGAGUAUUGGAAUCCCUUGAAAAUUCAUCAAUGCGAUGAACCUUAUUUAUAUACUUUUGAGCAAAUUAGAACACAAUGCCGUUACGAAGUAUCAGUGUAAUUGAUCAUCCAUACUUUGUAUGCUGCUAUAGAUCAAUGUUCGAUUGUGACUGUCAUAUGCCCAUAUCGCCGGUUGCCUGUACUUGGCGCGAGACACGACCGAGUCUCUUGAUUUUGCGUUGCGAACUUUUGUAACCGUUUGGAAUAGAAAGAAAAAUAAAGAAGAGGACGGAAAAGCCAUAAAUAGCCCAUGAAAAUCCAUAGUAAAAAUUCUGCGAAGUAAUUAAGAAUUGAUUAGGACUGCGUACAUUUAAUUUGAUUUCAAAAAAUCAAGUCAAUAGGAUGCACUGUGUAUUUUUAUUAAUUCAAUUAUCACGUUCCCAUAAAUGACCCUGGAAUUUAAUGAAUGGAUGAUACGAUAGGUAUAAAAUUCAUCAUUUUUGGCACGCACAACAAUGAUUUCAUAAUACUUUUUCCAACGUUAAACAGUGCAAGUGAUCAUAUAUUUUCUCAUAUUUUAUCAUUGCGACAUGCCCAUUUACUGCAUUUGAAUUGUCCCGUGUCAGUAAGAACUGUCCAACAACAAGAUCAUCUUUUCCCUGAGAGGAGUCAUUUUGAUGUUAGUUAUAAGUUAGAAUGUGGCGCAAUUAGUUGCGAAUACGAGGAUUCUAAGGAGUUGCUUGUAAUUGGCGUGUGUGUAGCCUUUAAAUUGGGUAAUAAGUUAAUUAAAAGUAGAUUGUAAUCAACGCGCUUGACUACUGUACUUUUCAUUACAAAUAUUUGGCAAUUUAAUUCUCUGAGCAGCAGAGUAGCUAUAAGGGAGAAGAGGAGACAGAUGACGUGCUGGACUUAGGAGUCACCGAUGCUCUCGACGACUUAGAAGGAGAAGAUGAAAAUAUAGAAUAUAGAAGCGAGACUGAUAACCGUAUUCAAAAUGACUUUUAUAAAGAAGAGCAUCCUGAUGCUGGAUCCACCUAUUAUGAACAGGAAGAGCAAGAGGAGUACAAGGAAGAACAGAAUCGGCAGUACGAAGACAGUGAUGGCCGUGAUUGCGUCAGUCUGUCAAAUAAUUACAAUAAGGGCGACUUGCGCGAAAAACUUAAAAACAAUUCGCACAAGGAAUUUUACGUGGGUAACGGUCAGGGGUUAGAAGAUGACGAUUGCGAAGAAGCCAAGGAGAGGAGAAAUAGGUUUCAAAAUGAAAGAACCAUGAUCUCGCCGAAGAUGAACAACGAUAUACCGGAUUCGUUGGAGAAUGUUGUGACGGCUGAACAACCUAGACAACUUUUUCGAGGUCGUGGAAGAGGUCGAGGUAUCAGGGGAAUCAGAGGAGGAAGGUUCGCUGCACCAACUGGCGGCGGAAAUUUUAUUCCAAGAUUUAAUGCUCCGCGAGGUCCAUCAUCGUUUGAAAAUCAACAUCCUUCCUUCAGAUCUCCAUUGCUGGGUGCUAGACCAUCGUUCCCUACUGGUGGACCAAUUGGUAAUAUGCCGAAUCAACAGAUGCCAUACCCUCAGAACAAUUCUCAGUUGUCGUCUAUGCAACAAUUCUCGUCAGGCAGUUUGAUGCAAAAUUCGAGACACUUUGUGGGAAUUAGAUCUCCUUUGAUACCGAAUCAAUUUCAAGGACCCAUGGGACCACCCGGUUCACGGAUAUCAGGUCUACGAAUUUCUGGUCCAAGAACAGAUUUUAACUCUCGGGGUCCAAUGUUGGUUACAAUUCCUGCAUUCAAUUGUUCAUCGAAUCAGCCUCCGUUCAUGCAUAAUCAACCACAUUUUCAAAAUCAAGGACUAUCCGCGAUGUCCGAAAAUCAAGGAAGACCAAAUCAAGGCACUCACGGUCCUCCAAUGCAGGGAAAUCCUGGUCCUUUGAUGCAUGGCAAUCCUGGUUUACUGAUCCCAGGAAAUCAAGGACCGAUUAUGCAAGGAAACCAGGGCCCUCCAAUGCAAGGCAAUCGCGGACCACCUAUGCAGGGGAAUCAAGGACCAACUAUGCAGGGGAAUCAAGGACCACCUAUGCAGGGGAAUCAAGGACCACCGAUGCAGCGAAAUCAAGGUCUACCUAUGCAGGGAAAUCAAGGUCCAUCUAUGCCAAGGAAUCAAGGCCCACCUAUGCAGCAGUUUUCCCGUCCAUCAGGACCCAAUCAAGGACCUUCCGUUCAGAGUCAUGAGAAUCCGCCGAUACAACAUAACCAGCCUUCUUUUGAGAACAGGCCGCCGUUCCAGGGAGCACACUUCGAGUCAAGGCCUAUUUACGAGUCCAGACCCAUGUACAACGACCAGCCACCGGAUAGUCAGUUUAACAAUGUGCCUGCUGUGCCUCAGCAGCCUGGUCCGAAUGUAACCAACAUACCCAACAUACCUAAUGUACCUAACGUACCCAACACGCCCACUAUAUCUAAUGGUCCCAAUGCACCUAACGUCCCCAAUCUAUCCAGUGUACCUUUGCCACCGGGACAUAAAAUUUUAAUCAACCCACACUUCCGAGGCGUCGUCCAACCCACGAGUGAUGCAAGACUUGUAUGGGACGCGGCACAUCCGCAAUCUCCUCUCCAACCACAAAUACCUAACGAACAGUUUAUACAACCACCGACGCCCUAUCAAAAUCCAAGUUCUUAUAAUCAAGGGGGACCCACUCCUCAGCAAGGAUCUCAAGAGUAUCGCCCAAAACUGCAGCAAAAUAAAAGCGACGAUCCAUAUGCAUAUUUUUCGGACGUGUGGCAGGAAAAUAAGCCUCAAAAAUCAUCGAGCACUGUCCCCAGUAAACCUUACCCGGGAGAGAGUACGUACUCCUCCCGCGAGACUAGUUACCAUGACUAUGAGAAUAAAUAUAAACCUGAUAGUCAAUGGGAUCAUCGCGAUGAUUAUCAACAGACAUGCUGCACUCAAAGUGCAUAUGAUGUGAAGGAUUAUUCCGAUGAUCAGAGACGGGUUCACAGCUACUACGAGAGGGUGACUACUAGAGAAGAACACAUACAAAAAAGUCGUGUUCCCUCGAUGAAUACUACAUAUCGUAGUGAGAGCUAUGAGCAGAGUCACAGUCAGAGACCCCCUAGUAACAGAACACACCACAGUGCCCCAAGAGGGAUGGCCAGGAUUCCGGGAAAGAGGAUCCCAGAUGCUUCAGAUAGAACGCAAAGGGACGUGAGUCCUAAGAGAGCGAAGUCCAACAGCAGAAAUCUUUAUGAAGUGAAGACUGUGGACACACUAAGCGAAGUGAACAGCGAGAAGAAAGAAGAAGAAAAUGAUGAUCCAGAGAUGCGGGAGUAUAGGGAAAAAAUGGAGGAACAGAAACGUUUACGGGAAAAAUUGUUGCGAGAAAAAGAGAAUAGGAGAAAAUUAGCAGCAAAGGAGAAACAGGGUGAAGACGGGAAACCCGAUUCUGGUAUUCCUGAACUCAUGCAGCAAGAGUGUAAACCCGUUUCAGUGGUGACUGGAGUUACUAAAGAAUCAACAUUGACUAAGGUUCGUCCAACAACUGGUCGUGGACGAGGACGUCCUACUGGUGGUGGUCCACAAUCCACAGAGAUAGUGGAGAGAGCACCUGGAAUGCGAAUCGUCAGGACGAUUCAGACUGUACAACAAAAUACAACAGAUGAAAACCCUAAGGAAAUAACAACGGUUCAAAACGAUGCAGUGCGCAACAGGCAACAAUUGACAGGACAACCUGGAACUCGUCGGGUGGUGAUACACAAACCAUUAUCAAAGAUUCAAAAAGGGACAACCACAAUACAAAAAACAAUACCAAAUCUCCAAAAAGGCGCUAUAAAGAACCCUACAGGUGUAGUCCAGAAAGUCGUAGUAGGAAACGUUCAAAGAAUUGUAGCACAAAAGGUACAAAGUGGACUUCAAAAGACCACGCUAAAUGUACAAGAAAUUGCUAAUGCGAAUGUACAAAAGGUUAUGGUGAAUACUCAGAACAAUCAGAGAGUUGUUCUCCAGAAGACCGGGGCUCAGCCUAAGAAGACUUUGGACAUGAAGACAAACACCGUGAAGAUUGAAAAUCUGGCGGCAAGUACGACCGAGGCACAAAUCCGUAGAAUGUGUCAUGGAAUUGGAACACUCGAGAGUAUACGCAUGGCCGAGGGUAGUGCCACAAUCGUGUUUAAGACGCAAUCAGCUGCCCUGGCCUUUCACAAAAAAUAUCAGCGUAAAAUGCUCGACCUGUCAUUGAUCACAGUACGACUUGUGCCACAAGCGAGCGUAAAUAAGGCUGUUGCCACUGUUACCAAAAAAUCUUGAAUAGUGCGUAAUCUGAAUGCACAGACAGAGCAGUGGUAUGUCAAUGAAUGACACCAGACACUAAUGAUCAUACUAUGUAUGAAUCUGCAUAAGUUGACAUAACAUAACUUAUAAGUAAAUGAUAGAGAACGAUAACUCAGUUCAUAGCUUUAUUUCCUGUAUAGCUGGAAACAUUGAAGCACCUCACAAAUUAAGUGGUAAUUAUAAAUUAAUCCACCGCAACUAUCCUCGUAAUAUAAUAACAUGAAGUUCUGUUAGAGCGAAAAGUCUUAUUAAAUUUUUGUAAAUACAAAAGAGCUAAAUCUAACUUAUAUUUAGCUACACACUUGUAUAAGUGUUACCGAACGAAAUAGUAUGCGUUUUUAUGAAGUAUUUACCAUAUGUACAUAAGAAAUCUGAGAAAAGGAAUAUGCAACGUAAGUAGCGCUAAGGAUCAUCAAGGCUACAAAAUGAAAUAUAUUAAUGCUACAUAAAAUUAUAAAUAUGAAAUUUGGAUAUAAUGUGGAUCAUUGUGUAGAUACAUUAAGAUAUGUUCUUAAUAUAUAUCCUGAUAUAUCCUA